UCAGGGAGCAAAAUCAACUUUCCAAUGAGAUGAUAUUGAAGCGCCCCACACUGCCGGGAACAAUUUACGGAUAAGUUACUGUUCCGUUCUUGUUUUUGUUAAGUUUAUGGCGGAUGGGAUGAAAGCGAGACUUCAGCGACUCAACCUGUUCAACCUCAAGCCCGAACAGAAAGAUGUCCCUGAGAUUAUCAGCACAUUGAGGCAGGCUGGCAAAAGCUCAGCACGCAGCAAUGACAUCACCACCGUCUCCAGCAAGACUUCCACAGGUCCUGGAAGCGGUGAUUCCUCUGAAACAUGCUUUUCCUCCCUCUCUACCACGACGAGCUCAGUGGCACCCACUGCUGCUGUGUCUCCAACAGCCUUUGCAAAGAAAUUUGAGGUGCUAUUCUGUGGCCGUGUGAGCGUUGCUCACAAGAAAGCCCCACCUGCCCUAAUUGAUGAGUGCAUCGAGAAGUUCAGCCAGCUCCAUGGCUCAGGGACUACUGAUAAAGGAGGAAAUGGUGGGGGAUUGGUAGGCGGACUGAGGAGGGCAUUAGCUUUUCAGUCCAAUGGAGUGGGUGGGGGUGCUGUUGGUAAUGGUCCUACAGGGAGCCCCAGCACUGGAAGGCGUCCUGUUCUGUUCAAGCGAGACCCCAGCUUCCCCUGCCUGCAGGCCCUGGAUGAGAAUGGUCUUUCACCAGAGAUUUCUAACACCAACACUACUGAUCCACUCCAUGGAUCCGCCGAGGUACAGCCGACCAGCCUGCAGGAGAACAGGACCAUGCUGUUUACGGUGGGCAGGUCUCAGAUCUUCUUGAUUAGCCCUGACACUAAGAAAGUUGCGAUAGAGAAGAGUUUCAAAGAAAUCUCCUUCUGCUCACAGGGUAUUCGUCAUGUGGAUCACUUUGGCUUCAUUUGCAGGGAGACUGUGGAGGGAGGAAACUGUCACUUUGUGUGCUAUGUCUUCCAGUGCACUGAUGAAUCACUGGUGGACGAGAUUAUGCUGACUCUGAAGCAAGCGUUCUCUGUGGCAGCCCUGCAGCAGAAUGCAAAGACCCAGAGCCAGCAGUGUGACAGCUGCCCCAUGCAGCAGCUCCACAGACUGUGUGAGAUGAUAGAAGGUCUACACCCAUCUAAGACCAAACUGGAGCUUCAGAAAUACUUGGCCACUUUGGACAAUCAGGAACAAGCUUCCAUCUUUGAAAACACUAUGCGGGCUCGUCCUAAGAGCGAUCAGGAAGAGAAUGAGUUGGUGAUGGCCUCUUUGAGGAACCUCUAUGAGGAGAGACAGAAGGGUCAUCAGCACACACUGCCUGGAGACACCAAACCGGUGUGUGAGGAUGCAGCUCCAGCACCUGUGGAGGCACAGCAGCAGAGCAGCAGUCGGCAGCGACUCGAGCAGUUCAAGAGCCGAGCCAAACGCUCUCUGACUGAAUCCCUGGAGGGCAUCUGGAAGGGGAGCAGCAAGGCCAGAGCUCAGAGGGACAACAGUGAAGGAAGUGAUAGUGGCUCCUCUGUUUGUACUGUCAAUAGCAGCCAGGACCAGCCCUGCAUAGAUGACCCAUUGUCUUCCUCUUCUCAUACAAGGCCCACCAGCCCACUCAGAUGCCACAACUCAACAGGAGACCUCAAGCACCUGGACACCUCUCGUUCCCUGUCACCAUCCUCCUCCUCUUUGCCCAGUGAUGCUCAGCCACAGGGCUUCCGCCGGCGGGCCAGCACCUUCAGUCACCCCCCUACUCCCUCCUCAGGACCCGAGUACUCCCCGGUGCAGAUAUUGAUUCACAAGCCACAGGAACCUUCAGCAGCUAGCAAGCCCAAGCUCGUGCGACACUACUCCGUCAGCACAGACUCCCCACACCAGAGCAAAAAUGUCCCAACCGACUGUAGCCUUCCUCCUGUUCCUCCCUGCCCUUCCUCCCACUCUCCUGUCCUCCUCCAUCCUCCUUCCUCACCUUCUGCUGGAGCCCGGCUCAAUAGAAGAAGCCCUCUGGGUGGUCUACGUGCUCGUCUCCGCUCCUCCUCCUCUGUCCCUAAUUUUCUGAAAUUUCAAUUUCUGGCCCCUGUCCACGAGAAUGAAUAUGCUGAACCAAAGAACAGUGAUGUAGCAGCUCUCUCUACACCAAAUGCAACAUUUGAGGUGGGGGAAAGCCCUCUGCGCAGCCAUCGCCACUCCUGGAGGCAGCAGAUCUUCCUCCGGGUCGCUACUCCUCAGAAAGGCACAGACGGCAACGAGCGGGUGGAUCCCUGUCUGGAUGGAGGUCGGAUGUGUGUGGUCCAGGUGGUGGGUGGAGGAGGUGGAGACUCAUCCAUGAGAGCGGUGCCUGAGGAGAGGACAAAGAGGAGCAAAGAGGAGCUGAGGGAACUGUGGAGGAAGGCCAUCCUGCAGCAGAUCCUUCUGCAGAGGAUGGAGACGGAGAACCAGAAGCUACAAGCCUCAGAGAGCGAUCUGCAGAACAAGCGUCUGAAGUUGGACUAUGAGGAAAUAACUCCAUGUCUAAAGGAGGUGACUCUGGUGUGGGAAAUGCUGGGAACUCCUGGGAGAGCAAAGGUCAAAUUUGACACUGAGACCAUACAUGCUGCAGUUGCACAAGGUGUCCCGAGGCAGCAUCGAGGUGAAAUCUGGAAGUUUCUCUCUGAACAGUACCUGCUCAGACAGACGGUCCCGUCUCGACCGCCUUCCAAUCACACUCCGUACAAAGAGCUGCUGAAACAACUCACCUCGCAGCAACACGCCAUCCUCAUAGAUCUGGGUCGCACUUUCCCCACUCAUCCAUAUUUCCAGGCCCAGCUGGGGGCAGGACAGCUGUCCCUGUAUAAUAUACUGAAAGCCUAUUCACUGCUUGACCCCGAGGUGGGCUACUGCCAGGGACUGUCCUUCAUUGCUGGAGUGCUGCUUUUACACAUGGGGGAGGAGGAUGCCUUCAACAUGCUCAAAUUUCUAAUGUAUGAUGUCGGGCUCCGCAAACAGUACAGGCCUGACAUGAUUAUCCUGCAGAUUCAGAUGUACCAGCUGUCGCGGCUGCUCCAUGACUACCACAGGGAUCUUUACAGCCACCUAGAGCAGCAGGAGAUUGGGCCCAGUUUAUAUGCCACCCCCUGGUUCCUCACCGCCUUCGCCUCACACUUCCCUCUUGGCUUUGUGGCCAGAGUCUUCGACAUGUUGUUCCUGCAGGGGUCAGAGGUCAUCUUCAAGGUGGCUCUGAGCCUGCUGGGGAGCCACAAGCCUCUGAUCCUGCAACACGACAACCUGGAGUCCAUAGUGGACUUCAUCAAGACGACACUGCCCAACCUGGGUCUGGUGCAGAUGGAGAAAACAAUCAACCAGGUGUGUGAGAUGGAUGUUUCCAAGCAGCUGCAGGCCUAUGAGGUGGAGUACCAUGUGCUGCAGGAUGAGCUGCUGGACACGCCUCCCACCCUCAACCAGCACCAGCGAGCUGCACAGCUGGAAAGGACCAAUCAGAGCCUCCGACAGCAGAAUCUCGACCUGCUUGAGGAGUUGCAGGUGUCCCAUGCUCGGGUUUGCAGCCUGGAGAGUCGAGUGGAGGCUUUGGUGCAGUCGGAGGGUCGGCUGAAGGAGCAGGUUUCUGCGCUGGAGGAGGAGAAGCAGCAGCUGGCGAGCACCGUCGCUCACCUCCACGACCUCCUCACCAGCCUCGGCAUACACACCAGCCCUGAUGGACACACACUCCCCCCACCCUCUGAGAAACACGCAGUGGCAGCAGCAUCGAAGCUGGAAAUCAGCGAGAGGCUGGAUAACAGGACUGUGGACUCUCUGCUCCACCCGCUGGGUCUUCCAAAGGCUUCAUAACUGCAUCUUAUGAUUUUUCAAAUGGUAAGUUUGUCCGAAAGAGGAGCCAGGUGUGAAAGACCCAGGAGGAGGAGGUUGUUAUAACCUCCUACCUCCAGGAACAUUUAAUAAGACAAGAGGUAGUUGGACCUAAACAGGGGUUAGAAGAGAGAGAAAUCUAAAGGAAAGCACACUCUUCCUUCACUCUAGCAAAUCAAAAUAAACAUGUGAUUCAACUAAUCCCCAAAGAAAGCACUGUUCCCCUGGGCCUCUACUGUAAAAACAAACAAAUUUGCACCUGUACUUGUAUGUUUGCGUCUUUGAAAGCACUCCUGUUUUUUACCAGUGGGUUUGUUUGACUGUGUGGGAUGCAAGGCGGCCAAAGAUUGUCCUUACUAAUGUUCAGCAAGCUCAAAGAACAAAGACUCCACCCUACAGUAUUCUGAAACAUGGUAAUGGUCACUGUUACACAUAAGAAUGAAUAAAUAAAAGGUUCUCCCAAAGAAAAAAAUAGAAGGAGAGAAGUGUAAUAGAAAGUGAGAAGAAAGGACGAGUGAAGAAAAAACUUCAUGACAAUUGUUUUCUUUUUUGUUUUUCUGUUCUAUGACAUUAGCCAAAUAAUGCUAGAUCUCGGACGGUGGUGUUCACAUUCAGAGGUCAGAGGUGAACUAUUUUCAAUUCUUCCUCCGCAUUUCUAGUCUUCCACAGUUUUGUUUCCUGACUGUACAUUUUAGAGUUCAUUUAGCUCCAGUAGCUCACAGGAAGAGCGACACAAUCAAUCCAGUCCAUUUCACAUCCUGUUUUUUCACCUUUGAAUACACGUCGAUUCAUCUGUGUCGAUGGGAAGAUCUGAAAGGGUCCCGUUUCCUUUCUAGUGAAGGGGAAGUACAGACUUUUACCAAUCGACUGCUUAUAAUUGCUGAAAAAGACACUUCAAACGGGAAAACCUCUGCUGUUGAGACAAUCUGCCACCUAUGAAUCAUUUACUGUAUUCAACACACUGAAUUCCUUCAGCUGCAGCUUGGUGUGUUUCUGUGUGACUUUUUGAAUGUUAUUGUGCGUCCGUGUUCCUCACUGAUCCGAACAAAUCUGUUGAUUGACACUGUAAAGACAUUUUGCUUUUACCCCCGACUCUCUUUGCACGUUUUCUGUUUUAGUGAUCAUUACUGUUGUUGUUAUUCUGUACUUUAAAAUAUAUUUCAUAUUCUUUCAGCA